CCAGCCCCCACCCGCCAUAGCACUGCCUUGCUCUGAGCAGACACAUCGGGAGAGGGAGAAGCACGCACUGCUGCCGAUCCCUGCAGACUGGUGGUGGUGGAGAGAGAUUGAGAGGGGCUUCCCUCGGGUCACAUAGGAAGCUGAUGGCAGAAGCAAGGUUUGAAAGAGGAACUUCUGGUCCACAGGCCCCUCCAGGCUCCUGGGCCCAGAGCGAUGGCAUUUCCAGGGACCGGAUGUGAGCGGGAAUCUGCCAUCUUAGGACAAAAGGCGAUGGCUCCAGCCUUCCAACAAUGGGUGCUGACAGAGAAUGAAGAAGGCACACUCAACUAGGCUGUCCAACUGAGCAGAGAAGCGUGAGAGGCUUUUCCCAUGGGCUGGCACCAGCCACCAAGCAGGUGAAGCGAGGGACCAUGCAGCUGCAGCCCCCCAACAUCCCUCACGCCUGCCUGGCAGCUGUGGUCAUCGUCUGCACCAUGGGGGCGAUGGACGUCUACCUGGUGGAGCAGAGCACCGGGGCUCGCCGCCUGGGCGUCGGUGCUCUCGCCCUGGCGGGGGACCUCUUCUUCCUGCUCGUGCUGCGCUACGCAACAGUGUGGAUCGGUGGGGAGGUGCGGCCGGCCCAGCGCGGAUAUGCCACAGUGCUGUGGUUCCUCUUUGCCUUCGCCCUGGAGAUCAAGCUCUACUUCAUCUACCAGCACUAUGCCACGGAGGGGAGGGCGCCCGACCCGCUGGCCCGGCGCACCCUGACCCUCCUGCUCUCCGUCUGCGUCCCUGCCCUUUACACGGUGCUGGGGGCCACUGAGCUGGUGCCCCAGGCCUCCGCCAGCUUCCGGAAGAAAGACGAACUACGUGGGCGUCUCUUUUGGGUGGUCCUGGACCUGCUGGACGUGUUGGAGAUUCAGGCCAGCCUGUGGGAGCCGCAGCGGCGGGUGCUGCCCCUGUGGGCCGAGGGCCUGACCUUCUUCUACUGCUACGGCCUCCUGCUGGUCCUGCCCUGCGUCUCGCUGAAUGAGCUGGGGGUGCAGGGAGCCCACCCUGGCACACUCUACCCGCUGCUGAGCCUGGCCAGCGUCAACGUGGCCACCAUCUUCAUUCGCGGCGGGCUGCUGCUCCUCUGCCACGACCAGCGCAUCUCCUCCAUCUUCAUGGGAAAGAACUUCCUCGCCAUUGCCCUGAAGUGCUGCGCGGCGCUGCAGCACCACAGAAGCACCCGGGCUGCAGGGGAAAGGGGCCACGGACACGAUGCCGUAGGCAGUCACGGCCUCAGAUGCACCCAGCCAACAGGGGAGCAGCUCUGCAGCUGCAACAGAGACCCAGGGGAGGCAUGCCACAGACAUGCUAUGCCAGACCAGCCUUGUGGGUGUCCUCGGGCCUACAGAUAUACCACAGGUGACCAACCGCAGGGACACACGCGGGCGUCAGCCGAAGUCCCCUACGGACACCCGCAAGACACAGGUGAACAGUCCCAGUGGCACAUCCAAACCACGAGCCGCCAGCUCCACAGACACUGCCACACUAAAAGCCAAGGGUCCCAGUGUUGCAGGCACGCUCCCCAACCCUCGCUAAGGACACCACCAGCCACUACUGGCCCUUCCACUUCCAGAGGACUCAGAACAGGCCAUCACGUGCAACUAAAGUCUGUCUGGGGCGGUCCAUGAGAUACCUUUUCUGGGAUGCUGCCUGGCAAAUAGUCUCACCUGCCUCUUGCGUGCGCCCGCUGAGCUCUGUCUAGAGCAGAGGGCCAAAAGUGCCACAGGUGGAUCACCAAGGGUGUCACAGCAGACCUUUGGGGAAGGGAAGGAGUUGCCUCCAGGUUGGGCAUUUAACUGUCAAGAGAGCCACGCUUUGUCAACUCACUUUCUAGGGGCAUCUGCAUGAUACCGUGAUCAAAAUGUCUUGUUCCCCUAUUCAGCUUCCUUUUCUUUUACGGAGCACAGAAAAUCCAAUUUACAAAAACAUUUUCUCAGGUGUAGAUGACCCAUCAAGCAGCUGUUCCAGCUUAUGCAGCCAGUAAUGACCUGUAUAGAUUGUGCUCUAAAAAAUUCCUUCUCAGUGGUCCGUCUCUCCUCUCUAGGAAUUAUAUUUGUUUCUCCUCCCCCCACCUCCCACUGGAGCAGGACAGCAUGGGGGGGGAGUAUUUAACCCUACACGCACACACACCAUGGUCCAAAUAACUACCUCCCCAUAAUAUUUGAGACAGGGGGGAAAUGGACUGAUCAUCUGGCCUACAGAAUGUUAUUUGGGGUUGUAUCCAAUGUUAGACAUGACUAACUUAGGACCAUUAAUUUCACUGGGUCUACUCUGAGUACAGCUUAGUUGGAUACAACUCUUGGAUUCCAGAGGUCUGGAAGCAGAGCGACUAUUCCACUUCUGGGUUAAAAGCAGGAUAGCAACGACUGGGUGCUGCUAAAUUGUCCACAUCUGGAAGCACCCUUGGGCAUCCAAGCUUAGCAGGGACGGAAGCACCAUGCUCUGCUUCACCACACUGUGUUCUCCUCACAGUACAGAGCACAUAUAUUUGGUUCACCUCUGCCUGGGAAGAAGCCAGCCCCUCUUGGCCAUUGCUGCUGCUCUGACUGGUCCCAAUGCAGAGAACUGAGGAACUACCAGGCCACCUCCAGUCCACUUAUGUCAAGGGUUCCCACUUUGUUUCAGAGGUUUACCUGCACCCCACAAGUUCAGAAUCAGCAGGAUUAGUUUUGCUGCACGUCUUAGCAACCAACUCUUGGAGCAUGUGCUAUUUUGUACUGCAGAGGAAGUCUGGUAGAGGCAAUGCUACUGCCUAGGAAAUGGUGUUUAUUUUUCUCAGUCCUGUAGCCAAGUUCAUUUCCCUCUUCUCUUUUCAAAAUUACUGAAAAGGCCCAAUUCUUAAAAGGAAACCACCAUCUCUGUGUCCCUUUUCCUGAGAAAAGGAGCUUAGCGAAAUGACUAAUCAAACUACGUGGGUGUGAUUCCUCUUGUUUUGCCUACAACUGGAUCAGGGUGGUAUUUGAGUUGGGGGGGGUGUUAGCCCCAGAACAUGUGAAGCAAUAAAGAAGA